AUGACGAUAGACGACGACAUGUACGGCACCGAGAAGAGUUUUGGGAGAGCCUCGCAAGGGUCCGACUACUAUGGCGAAUCAUCACGGUACCAGGAUGGACUGGGUAGGAGGGUUAUCGAGAGCUUCAAACGGGACCCGAAUUUUGCCAUGACGAUGACGCCGAAGGGAAGCUUAGGCGCCGACGGGAACGUCUUCGAUCCAGAGGCCGCAGCAGCGAAUACUGCAAACUCACCACUUGCGCGGAGACUAAAAGGUCGUCAUCUGCAGAUGAUAGCAAUCGGUGGUUCCAUAGGUACCGGUCUAUUCGUCGGCUCAGGGCAAGCACUAGCAAACGGUGGUCCAGCAUCGCUCGUCAUCUGCUACUGCCUUGUAGGUGUCAUGCUGUACACUACCGUCCACGCACUUGGCGAGAUGGCAGUGCUCUUUCCCGUCGCCGGUUCCUUCUCGGCAUACUCGACACGCUUCUUGGAUCCUGCAUGGGGCUUCGCCAUGGGUUGGAACUAUGCACUUCAAUGGCUUGUCGUACUACCACUGGAAAUCGUCGCUGCUACUUUCACAAUCGAAUAUUGGAAUGGUGACAAGGUCAACAACAACGCCUGGGUCGCCGUCUUCCUGGUCUUGAUCGUUGUCAUCAAUUUGUUUGGUAUCAAAGGAUAUGGUGAAGCCGAGUUCGUCUUUGCCAUUAUCAAGAUCACCGCGGUUAUCGGCUUCAUCAUCCUUGGUAUCAUCAUCAACAUAGGCGGAGGUCCAGACGGAGGCUAUAUUGGUGGCAUGUAUUGGCGCGACCCAGGUCCUUUCAACAAUGGUUUCAAGGGCUUAUGCAGUGUUUUUGUCAACGCCGCAUUCGCCUUCUCUGGAACUGAGCUUGUUGGUCUCGCUGCAGCGGAAACGGCCAAUCCGCGCAAGUCUCUUCCCACUGCCGUCAAGCAGGUUUUCUGGCGCAUCUCGUUGUUCUACAUUGUCUCCCUAACCAUCGUCGGACUGCUAGUGCCCUACGAUGACAAGCGACUGCUCCAAGACAAGAACGAUGCCGACGCUGUUGCCUCACCGUUCGUCAUCGCCAUCCAGAACGCAGGCAUUCAGGGGCUGCCCUCUGUCUUCAACGCCGUCAUCAUGAUUGCUGUUCUCUCAGUCGGCAACUCCUCCAUCUACGGUUCUUCGCGCACGCUCGCUGCACUGGCUGAGCAGAAUCAAGCCCCCAGGAUCUUCGCCUACAUCGACCGCCAGGGUCGUCCCCUUGUUUCCAUUGCCUUUGCCUCGGCUCUUGGUCUUCUCGCUUUCCUAGCCGGUGCGGACCGCAGGCUACAAGAUGCUGCAUUCAACUGGCUACUUGCCUUGUCUGCACUCUCGGCUGUCUUCACUUGGCUCUCGAUCUGUCUCGCGCAUAUCCGCUUCCGUCAGGGAUGGAAGGUGCAGGGACAUACCCUUGAUGAGCUUGCCUUCCGCUCUCAACCUGGUCUUAUCGGAUCUUAUGUCGGCCUCAUCCUCAACAUCCUCGUUCUCAUUGCACAGUUCUACGUUUCCGUCGCUCCAAUCGACAUGGCUGUUUUGUCCACGUCACAACGUCUCCAACGCUUCUUCAGCGUCUACCUCGCACUACCAGUCACUCUGGCCUUCUACUUCCCUUACAAGUUCUGGUUCCGCACCUCAGUCGUUCGCUCGCACAACAUGGAUCUCGUGACCGGCAUCCGUGAGCUGAACAUCCAGGUGUUGAUCGAAGAGGAACGUGAAGAAAAGAAGAAGUGGCCCAGGUGGAAGAAGGUAUACAAGUUCUUUUGCUGA